AUGGAUCUCUCACUGAAAGACGGUAAAAAAUCAAAGAAAAGCCAGGAAAAAACAGCAACUCCGCAGUCAGCGAGAACCUCCAAAUUCCAACCCUCGCUUGUAAACCCAGCCCAUCCAUUACAAGCGCAACUAAUUCUAAGCCCAGUGACAAAAAACACCCCGAUACCGGCACAAAAAGAGUUCACAGUAGAAGAUGAUGAUGAGUUAGAAAUGGAAAGCCCUGUCAGAGAACAACCAAAAACACCCUUAGAACAGACGCUGCAGGAGCGCCUGUCUCCCCUAUCGGAAGUAUUCACUGGACAGCAGUUGAAAACACUGUCGGCGGUCAUGGCCGCUUUAUCAGAGUUACCGCCCGCCCAGCAGCCAGGUUCAGUCGGCAGUUUAAUAAAGACCAAGUCGGUGAAUCCCCACCUGCCCGUUAGGGAUCUCUUAACAGCCCUGAAUCAAGAAAACACCACGGAAAAAAGAAAGCGCUCGGAUCCACCGGAAACAGAGUGGCACGAAACAGAGCAACAUCACACCACAGAGUAUGAGAGAAGAGCGCCGGUUCUACAGGUAACUAGACGGCAGACAAUCCAGCCAAAAGACUCUCCCCUGUGCCGAGAAAUCCUAGAGAAAAGGAUGGAAAAGAUAAAAAUUCCGACAGGAAGAUACGAUGGGACAACGGAUCCGGAGGAUCACUACACCACAUUCGAACAACACAUGAUGUUGUACACAGAUUCUGACGCCAUGUGGUGCAAGGUGUUCCCAUCCACACUCUUAGGAGUUGCAGCAAGCUGGUAUAAGGGCAUAGAGGCUCAUUCCAUUUACAGUUUUAGACAGCUACAGGUGGCGUUUUUGUCACGAUUUGUGAGCAAACAGAAGGGAAAGAAAUCGUCGGGAGAGUUAAUGUCGUUCGCUCAAAGAGAUAGAGAGCCGUUAAGAGACUAUCUCACCCGCUUUAACAACGAAUCAAUCACUAUCCCCAACCUACAGCAGGAGGUUGCAGUCCUGGCUCUGAUGAAGGGAAUGCAAGAGUGUGAAUUCAAGAAGUACCUCAGCCAGAAAUCAUACACUAAUCUGGGCGACGUCCUACACAAGGCAAAUGAGUACAUCAGGGGGGAUGAAAUGAUGAAGAUCUCCAAUGUGGUAGUGGCAACCAGCGGAAAUGCCGGAUAUAAUCCAAACUAUAACAACCCCCAGGCGGGAAAAGGAGGAAACAAUUUUCACCAGAACAAUAAUCAGCAAGGGGCAAGCCAGAAAAACCAGAAUAACAGAAAUGCCAAUCCACAGGGGCAAAGACCCCGACAAGAUAGAAGGGAGUCCAGAGGACUCUUUGAUAACUACACUCCGCUGAACACACCGCGGACGGCAAUUUACAACAUCAACAACAAAAUGGACGGUUGGAGAAGGCCGCCACCAAUGCAGAGUAGGGAAAGAAACGUCAAAAAAUUAUGUGACUUCCAUAAUGAGCACGGCCACCUCACAGAGGACUGCAGAGACCUCAAAGACAACAUCGAGGAUAUGGUCAGAAAGGGGUAUUUUUCGCAGUAUAGGGCGAGGCAAGGAAAUGGUCACAACAACUCGGUGGGGGGAAACCCUGCCAAUUCAUACCGGCCACAACAACAGAAAAAUCAACAACAAUACCCAAGAAUCGAACAGCCAUAUCAACCACCUAGAAUUGAGCAAAAGCAACCGGAAACCAGUGCCAGAGCAGAACAGAGGGAUGGCGGGAAAAAACCACCCGUGUAUGUAAUCUCUGGCGGCCCAGUCCACGGAGGGACGAGAAGCGGCGCCAGCAGAAGUUUGGAAGAACACAUGCACAUGGUAAACUAUCAUAACACAAGAGUGUGGCCGAACCCACCCAGCAUAUCAGUGAUGACGUUCUCGGAAUCGGAUUGCAGAGGCAUCAUUUUCCCGCAUGAUGACCCGCUAGUUCUAACAAUUGACAUAGCAAAUGCCGAUGUGAACAGAGUACUGGUACACGACGGUAGCUCAGCAAACAUCAUUUUCUGGGAAGCUUUCAAACAGUUGCAUAUACCAGAGGAAGAGCUUCAAAGGGUGAACUACCCAGUAAUCUGUUUCUCAGGAUCUACAGUGUAUCCAGAAGGUAGCAUACGACUGCCAGUGAAAAUCGGAGAGGGGUCUGAGAUUCGAGAUCUCAUGGUGGAUUUCCUAAUCAUUAAAGUACCAGCGGCCUACAAUGUGAUCAUCGGCCGUCCAUUCAUACACGACGCACAGGCAGUAGUCUCCAUCUAUCACUUGACAAUGAUAUAUAUGUCGAACCUGGAAAGGCCGACAAAGAUAAGGGGGAGUUAG